GCAUUUAAACCCGCUGGCUGCAGCUGGGUGCCACCAGCCAGCCCUGCGCCCUCCUGCGCCCGCUUCGGGUACCGGCUGGGCAAGAUGCGCUCCUCUCUGGCUCCGGGUGUCUGGUUGCUGCGCGCCUUCUCCAGGGACAGCUGGUUCCGGGGCUCCAUCCUCCUGCUCACCUUCCUCAUUUACACCUGUUAUCACAUGUCCAGGAAGCCCAUCAGUGUUGUCAAGAGCCGUCUGCACCAGAACUGCUCGGAGCUGAUCAGACCCAGCAAUGACACCCAUAGCAUCAACGACACCACGUGGUGCAGCUGGGCUCCAUUUGACCAGGACAACUACAAGGAGCUGCUGGGUGCCGUGGACAAUGCCUUUCUCGUGGCCUACGCCAUCGGCAUGUUCAUCAGCGGGAUUUUUGGGGAGCGGCUCCCCCUCCGUUAUUACCUGGCAGCCGGAAUGCUGCUCAGUGGCCUUUUCACCUCCCUCUUUGGCCUGGGAUAUUUCUGGAACAUCCACAUGCUCUGGUACUUUGUGCUCAUCCAGAUCUGCAAUGGACUCGUCCAGACGACAGGCUGGCCCUCCGUGGUGACCUGUGUUGGCAACUGGUUCGGGAAGGGGAAGCGAGGGCUCAUCAUGGGCAUCUGGAAUUCCCACACGUCUGUGGGCAACAUCCUGGGCUCCCUGAUUGCCGGCGUCUGGGUGAACGGGCAGUGGGGCCUGUCGUUUGUUGUGCCUGGAGCCAUCACUGCCGCCAUGGGCAUCUUCACUUUCCUCUUCCUCAUUGAAUACCCGGAAGAUGUGGACUGCACCCCUCCUCAGCAUCAUGGUACACCAGGCGAGAGCCAGGACAACCCCGAGGACUCUGGGACUGGCCCCUGCUCUGGCAAGGAGAGCAGCCUGGAGUCCACUGCCCAGUGCCCCAAGGAGACAAGGGCCAAGCCUGCUGCCAUCAACUUCAUCGGGGCACUCCGGAUCCCGGGCGUGAUCGAGUUCUCUUUGUGUCUGCUCUUUGCCAAGUUGGUCAGUUACACCUUCCUCUACUGGCUGCCCCUCUACAUCUUCAAUGUGGCUCACUUCAGUGCCAAGGAAGCUGGGGACCUAUCCACACUCUUUGACGUUGGCGGCAUCAUAGGCGGCAUCUUGGCGGGGCUCGUCUCGGACUACACCAGCGGCAGGGCCACCACCUGCUGCGUGAUGCUCGCCGUGGCCGCCCCCAUGAUGUUCCUUUACAACCACAUUGGCCAGAAGGGGGUGACCAGCUCCAUAGUCAUGCUGAUUGUCUGUGGAGCCCUGGUCAAUGGCCCUUACGGGCUCAUCACCACUGCCGUCUCUGCUGACCUGGGGACUCAUAAGAGCCUGAAGGGCAACGCGAAAGCACUCUCUACCGUCACGGCCAUCAUCGACGGCACAGGCUCCAUAGGUGCAGCCGUGGGGCCUCUGCUGGCUGGCCUCAUUUCCCCCACAGGCUGGAACAAUGUCUUCUAUAUGCUCAUCGUGGCCGACAUCCUGGCCUGCUUGUUUCUCUGCCGCUUGGUGUAUAAGGAGAUCCUGGCCUGGAAGGCGUUGCUGAGCAGCAGCCAAAGUUAUAAAGAAAUGUGAGGCCCCCCUCAUUGGAAGAAAGACAUGGAGGGCCCUGUCUGGGUCCCCAAAGUGCUCCCCAUGGGAGAGACUAUGGAAACUUCCAUAGAUGGGUGAGGCGAAGCCUCUCGACCCAACGCCAGCCCAAGGGGUUCAGUCUCCGUGGGAAGGGGACAGCCAAGCAGGAGGAGAUGGAAGAUUAAAGGACCUGAUCUCUGGGAACUGCAAGCAGAAGACAUCAGAGCCGAGCGGUGUCUCCGUCUUUGUAAGGGAAGGCAUGUUCCUGCCCUUUCGUGCUUGCUCAGAUUCUGAGACUGAAAGCAGAGGCCCUAGGGAGCCAAGACCUGGAAGAAGUGCACUUUUCCUUCCCAUAUUAAAUUGUAAUCUCUUGUAACAGCCUGUUCCUGUAGCUAUAGGUGGUAUCUUGCCUCAUUUCCAAAGAGCCACUCCUCUUUGUACUUCCCCAAGUUGGACCCUCUCCGUCAACCCUCUCCGUAGUCCUGUUUAUAACUCCCUGCAUUUGGAUUUAAAUGUUAUUGCUUAUCCUCCAGGGUCAGGACUAGGGAGGCCCCAGGGUGCAACAUUUAAGAAGGCACUUGCUCUCAGGCUCGUCCACAUGCCAGCCCUGAGGUUGCCUCUGUGCCUCACCCUAGUCCCAGCCCUGUGAUGUCCUCAGUGGAAGAAAACAUUGGGGCCAGUGCUGGGGAGGAUGGGGGUCUGACUCAAAAUGCUAGUGUCUGCAGUAAGUAUGCUGAUACCCAAGGGCCAGUGGUUACUGAGUGCUCAGUGUACGGCCUGCUCUAGGAUGGAAGUAGACAGUGGACACGGAAAAAGGACUCAGAUCGUGGGCACAAGCGGCCAGGGUGGCAGGACCUGUGAGCCAUGAGAGGGCUGCCUGGUUUGUUCCGGCAGCUGUCCCCUGUGCUACCCAGUGUUCCUGACCCACUUACUCUGAAAGUAUCUAUCCCCCCCACCUCCGAACCUGGAUUCCUACAUGCCAGGCUGGCUCUUAGCACUUUCCUCUGACCCUAAAACCAUUCUCAGCAACACAGAUUUCCUUUUUGC